AUGUUUCCAACAACCUCAAAAGCUACGUUCUUGAUUUUCAUGAUUCUAAUGCUGAAUGCUAUGCCACCAAUAAUCUUAGCAUGUGGUCCUUGCACGCAGCCGCAUCCAUCACCGCCUCACCACCACUACCGCCCAAAACCCCCGCCGCAUCACGGGGGAGGAGGAAAACACCCCCCGAAACCGCCGUCAUAUCCAUCACCACCAGUCAUCAUCAUCCCGCCUCCAGUGCAACCCCCUCCAGUAAUCAUAUACCCGCCGCCGCCGCCGCCGCCGACCUCCCCGCCGGCUCGAGCGACCUGUCCGAUCGACGCGCUGAAGCUAGGGCUGUGCUUGGACGUUGCCGGAGGGAUUGUGCAUGUGGGAAUAGGGAACCCGGUGGAGAAUAUUUGUUGUCCAGUGAUUCAAGGGUUGCUUGAUCUUGAAGCGGCGAUUUGUCUUUGCACCGUUAUUAGGAUUAAGCUUCUUAAUCUCAACAUAUUCAUCCCUGUUGCUCUUCAGGUUCUUGCAACUUGUGGCAUGACUCCUCCUCCUGGUUUUGUUUGUCCACCUCUAAAAUAG